AUGACUACUACGCCCGAAAAGACCAAAAAGCGAAUUACAUUUUCAAAGCCAAACUUUAGCAAGUUGACAGGAAGGCUCAAGCCAAAGAGCAAGGAGCAAAAGAAAUCAGACGAAGAAGUUUCAUCUGGUAAUGAGGAACCAACUGCUUCCCAGAAAACUGAAGGGGAGGCGGAAGCUGAUUCUGCUGAUAAGAAGGAGGAGAAGGAAGUAAGUGAAGAUACUGAGGCUUCCACAGAGCCUCUCAAAAUAAAGAAAACAGGCGACGGAAAAGUCAUUGAAGGAGAAGAUGAUAUGGAGCAGAGUUUGAUUUUGAGCAAGGAGGAUGAAGAGAUUCUCUCCCCAGCCUCGAAGGAGGUCGAGGAGUUUAAAGAACAGGUAGAGGAAAAGGUGAAGGAAGAGGUGGAGGAGGAGGAGGUGAACACAGAGGGUGACAAGGCCUCCGAGUCAAGCAGGUUCACGGGUACUACCGAUGUUCCAGACAACCAUUUUAAGGAAUAUGCUGAAAAGCUUGAGGAGAAUGAGGAGAAUGAUAAGGAUUCAGAAGUCUGGGGGUCUGGAUAUCAGAUUAACAUGGACUUUGAUGCUGAUACUAAUAACGAUAAUCUUGACAAUGAGCUGCAGCAUAGUGUAUCGCCAUUCGGCAGCAAUGAACAUUUCAAGCCCACUGGUGUUGUGGACGAUACUCAGGUUGAAGAAGAGGAAGUUUCAAAAAUGGAUGUUUCUUCUAUGCUUCCAAUCUCUGCCCAGAGGAAGCUUGCUGCAGAGAAGGCCUCGGAAUUGACUUCAUUUUCGUCCUUGGAGAGCCUGUCGUCGAACAUCAAGAAGCAGACUAGCGCUGGUGACGAAAAAGAGGACAGAAUUACGAUGAAGGUGGUUGACGUUGGCGAUAGAGUUAGAGUCACUAACCGUGGUCAGCACACGUUUGUGGUCAUGGAUAGCGAGGUUUAUGAUGAUCGGGAAGAGGCAUUGAUGCGUCUCCUUGGAGAUUCCAAAUUCUCUCAUUUUGACGAGUCUUACUCAAGAGGCAACUCGGACAAGGAAGGAAAGAGCAGCCUUUCUUCUACUCCUUCCCGUGUAUCAGUUAAGGCGAAGGUUGAGAACAAGUCCAGACCAUCUCUGGAAGCUACAACGGUGGAAGACAAUGCGCUGGUCAAACUGGAAAAGAAGGUGGAAGAGAAGCCCCUCCAGAAGAGACUGAAACUGACGUGGCGUAUUUGGAAGAAGAAGGAGAAGCCUGCCACAGAGAAGCCUGCCACGGAAGUUGAAGAGUAG